AUUACUACGUCUUCAUGACAUCAUCGUCGUCGGUCUUACAAAACACGACAAGCAAAAUCGAACGAAAUAAAAUGUUUUCUUUCAUAUACCCUGAUCAUAUUUCAAUUAAUCGUGAAAAGCUUACAGAUUCCAAUCCCAGAAUGGGAAAGCACACCGAAAACAAAUCGUCACAGAACCUAAGUAGCCGACUGCAAACAUAAGGCGCAACAUGGCGUUCAAAGCGCAAUCCACUACUGACAGGCAAAAGGUGCUUAUAAUUGGUGCCGGAGCAGCAGGAAUGGUACGCUAAUAUCCCAGAAAGAAAGAAAGAGACGAAGCAAGCAAGCAAGAGAAAUCCAUUCCCAUUCCCACUCAAACUCCCUUGCCCAAUCCUCUCCCUUCCCCAACCGCGUUAGUCGGGAAUAGUAAAAAGGUAACCAAAACAUUCCCAAUCACACAAAAAUUCAUUUAGUCAUGCGCAGCAACUCUAGCCGAACAUCCCAACAGAUUCGAUGUCACGAUUAUAGAGCGCGCCAGUGUCCCUGGGGGUGUUGCGACGUCCUUAUCGCUAGAUACACGCCUGUACGGAGCAGAUUGGAUGAACAAUGGUGUCCAGGGGGGGCCAAGCCUAUUCCGACACACCUUCAAAUACCUCCGGGAUUAUGGCUUUGAGCCAAAAGAGAUGAAGUUGCAGUUUUCGUUCGGGAAGGGUAAGGAAGAUUUCUGGACGAAUGUGUUUCCGACAGCGCUGAUUGAGAAACACGCGGACGAGAUUAGGAGGUUUGGUACGGCGCUUGAGAUCAUUAGGAAAGGCGGAGUUGCGCUUUGGGUAUUGCCUGUUAAGACAUUUCUAAGCCUGUUCCGGUUUAGCAAGGAAUUCCGGUACAAGAUGGUUAUUCCUCUUGCCUCGGUCGUGCUUGGAACGGGGAAUCAGACGGAAGAUUUCCCAUGUGGUCUUCUCCAACAGCUUUUUUAUGACCCUGGAAUGAAAGUGUGGGAUUACGACCCAGUAUCAUUCGUACCAAAUCUUCCAAGCAUGUUUACCUUCCCCAACAUGCGACUCUUCUACCGCGACUGGGCGAUUGGCCUAUGCUCCAAUGGGGUCAGGAUCCGCUUAAAUACUGAGGUCACUAAGAUCAUACGCAGAGAUCGUCACGGCGUCGCUGUCGAGACGGCACGGGCUAACAGCGAUAUAUUAAGUGGCAGUUCAGUACGUCGCCACACCAGCAUCAUUGAGGGUUUCGACAAGUUAGUCCUCUGCAUUCCCGGGGACGAGGCGAGUCGUCUGUUGGGCAAAGGGGGAACCUGGAAGGAAAGGCUUAUCCUUGGCAGUGUCAAGAUGUUCAACCGUCUCACUAUCACCCAUUCGGACUCUGCGUAUAUCAGAGAACUCUAUGAAACUCGCUUCCGAGAGGAGCUGUGCGCGCCGCCCCGGACGAAAGAGCAGGAAGAUCAAAUAUCCUUUGCAAGAGGUGCAGCAGGCGAGCAGCCUGGGUUCAGGCCAAUGUACUAUACCCGUGCUUACCCCGAACAGAAAAACAAGAUGGAGCCGGGAUUUGAUUGCUCGAAUUUCCAGUAUCAGUUCCAGCCAGAUAUCAGAUCGGGGCAACCCGCGCUGCCUUUUGACCGUCACGUUUUCCAAAGCCAUUUCUUGGAUGGUAAAUUGAAGCAUCUUUGGACGGCUAAUAAGAUCGACGAGAGCAGUAUCAUCGAACGGAGAUGGUGGCAUCAGCUAUCUCCCCGCUGGCAGCACUAUGUUAGGGUUGCUCCGGCUAUACGGUUCAUCAAUGGCAAGAAGAAUACAUAUUUCGCAGGAUCAUGGACACUUGUGGAUAUUCAUGAGGUCGCAUGUAUAUCUGGCAUUGCGGCAGCGUAUCGCCUUGGUGCGGAGUAUGAAAAUUUUGACGACCUUGCUGCAUCUAAUUUUGCAAAGUAUUUGAAAAACGCUCAUGGGGUUAAAUUCGGAAGGUGAAUGGGGGAGCAAAACAUGUAGUGAAUUUUCAAAUGUUAUCUGGGGCUUCCAUCUUGCUCACUUGUGUGACCCACGAAAUUCGUCUAUCCUGAAUCAUGAUGGUCAACUCGUCAUAUGUAAUAUUAUUAGGUGCGGACUUCGGUCGAGUUGAUUUACUGUAGUCCCGAUUGUGAGAGCCGUAUCGACAGAAGCUCGAAAAUGAUAAGCACAUUAGCACAAAUGUAGCCACGAUCGUCAACAAUAGAUCAUUCCAUCAUUGGCACGUCAUGCGACAUCAGGUUAUCCUCUCCUUCAGUUUUCAGGUUAAUAUCAUUAGUACCCGCAGCUUCCUCCUUC